AUGGCAACAAAUGGAACAAAAGUAGCUGAUGGACAAAUCUCCACAGAACUUAGUGAUGCCUCAAUCACCAAUGACAAGCCUAAGACAUUGGUAGUGAAGGUGCAGAAGAAAAAAGGAGAUAUCCCAGAGAGAGACACCUGGAAGGGCAAAUUUGACUUUCUCAUGUCCUGUGUGGGUUAUGCAAUUGGCUUAGGGAAUGUGUGGCGGUUUCCAUACCUUUGCGGAAAAAAUGGAGGAGGGGCGUUUCUGAUUCCGUAUUUCCUUACGUUAAUUUUUGCUGGAGUCCCCCUCUUUCUUCUGGAAUGUUCGCUUGGCCAAUACACAUCCAUAGGAGGCCUCGGUGUUUGGAAACUUGCCCCAAUGUUCAAAGGUGUGGGAUUAGCUGCUGCUGUCCUGUCCUUCUGGCUUAAUAUUUACUAUAUUGUGAUUAUUUCCUGGGCUAUAUAUUACUUAUAUAAUUCCUUCACUACAAAUCUUCCAUGGAGACACUGUGAUAACCCCUGGAACACGGACCACUGCUUUUCAAAUUACAGUAUAUCAAAUACCACCAACAUGACAAGUGCUGUUUUGGAAUUCUGGGAACGUAAUAUGCACCAAAUGACAGAUGGGCUAGAAAAACCGGGCCAGAUCCGUUGGCCAUUAGCAAUUACUCUAGCAAUUGCCUGGAUUUUGGUGUAUUUUUGCAUCUGGAAGGGGGUAGGCUGGACAGGAAAGGUGGUAUACUUCUCUGCUACAUACCCAUAUAUCAUGUUGCUUAUCUUGUUCUUCCGUGGAGUAACAUUACCUGGAGCAAAAGAAGGCAUUUUAUUCUAUGUAACACCAAAGUUUGAGAAGCUCUCUGAUUCUGAGGUUUGGCUGGAUGCUGCCACACAGAUCUUUUUCUCCUAUGGUUUGGGUCUUGGCUCAUUGAUUGCUCUUGGAAGUUAUAAUCCUUUCAACAAUAAUGUAUACAGGGAUUCCAUCAUAGUGUGCUGCAUAAACUCUUGCACAAGCAUGUUUGCAGGUUUUGUUAUCUUCUCCAUUGUUGGAUUUAUGGCUCACGUCACCAAACGACCUAUUGAAGAUGUUGCCAAAUCAGGUCCUGGACUUGCAUUUUUAGCCUACCCAGAAGCAGUGACACAACUUCCUGUAUCUCCAUUGUGGGCAAUACUGUUCUUUUCCAUGUUGCUUAUGCUCGGGAUUGACAGUCAGUUCUGUACCGUUGAAGGAUUCAUAACAGCCCUAGUGGAUGAAUUUCCAAAGUUGUUACGCAGUCGAAGAGAAAUUUUCAUUGCCGCUGUGUGCAUUGUUUCCUAUCUGAUAGGACUGUCCAAUAUUACUCAGGGUGGACUAUAUGUGUUCAAGCUUUUUGACUACUACUCCGCAAGUGGAAUGAGUCUCUUAUUUCUUGUGUUCUUCGAGUGUAUCUCCAUAUCCUGGUGCUAUGGUGUGAAUAGAUUUUAUGACAAUAUUCAGGAGAUGGUUGGGUACCGGCCAUGCAUCUGGUGGAAGCUCUGCUGGUCUUUCUUUACUCCAAUCAUCGUGGCAGGUGUAUUUCUCUUCAGUGCUGUGCAAAUGACGCCUCUCACUUUGGGUGAUUAUGUCUUCCCAAAAUGGGGCCAGGGCGUUGGCUGGUUCAUGGCUCUGUCAUCUAUGGUGCUGAUUCCGGGCUACAUGGCAUACAUGUUCCUUACUUUAAAAGGAUCCUUAAAACAGCGUAUCCAAGUAAUGAUCCAGCCAAGUGAAGACAUUACUCAUCCUGAAAAUGGACCAGAUCAGGCCCAGCAGAGCAACUCUGCAAACAAAGAAGCAUAUAUAUAA